GAGACGUUAUUCUAAGGUGUUUUACAUUUAAACCGCCUUUUUUUUCUAACCGCUAUUUUUCUCAGCAAUUUUCUUUCCUUCUCGUUUUUGUUCCUGUGUCGUCCUGAGUUUUUCUCAGACAGUAAUGCCAUCUAAACGCAGAAAAGAAUACAGCGGCGUGAUUACGCUUCACAAACCUGUCCCACCACAUCUGCUCUACCAUACGGCUCCUAGAAGUGUUGGGCAGAAGUCAUCAUCAGCAGUGGAGGGUCCAUAUGUGAGAAGUGCGACUCGGAAUUUGACCAGGUUCAUUACUCACCCAGGAUCACAGGCUGAUACGGCGCACACACGCUCUCCCUGCUCACUAAAACAUCUAAUGGAUCACUUACUUUCCGAGCAACAGGAGGUCGAAGCCAUCACACAGCCGCUGCUGGACACUGAGAAUGGAUUCAUCAAGGAUCUGGAACAUUUCCUCAACCACGUAGACAUGUUGAGAGUGAGGAGGCACGAGCUUCUGCACAAGCGAUGGACAGAGUGUGUGUGGUGGCCAAUACAGUGCAGCGUUGAACGGCGUUUCAAAUUGCGCCAUUGUGAGGGGAUGAAGCCGACAAAAAUAUUGCGCACAGGCUAUGACGACUACAGCGCUAAGAGAAAAAUAAUGGAGAAAACUAAUGAGCCAGUUGUCUUCCAGGUCAGCACCAUUCUCUUGAAGGAUCCACUGUUUCUCUACUUACAUUCAAGACUGAAGGAGAACACAGCAGUCCUUCACUGCCAGACAGGAUGUGUGGACGACUGUCAGUGGAUGGCGUCGGAGGAGGAACAGGACAGGAACAAGAGAGAUCUGUACGGAAGCAGCAGGAGUCGAGGCCCUGUUUACAUGGCUACAGCAGAUGGGCGGUGUUUUCGGCCUGGAUGCUGGUCUGCUAAUUAUCUGCCUCGCAGCUAUUCAGUGAAGUCCUAACAUGACACUGUGUGUCCUCUGCUUCGUUCAGUCACCACCUUGAAUAACUUUCCAAGUUUUUUUCUUUCAGAGUGUGUCACAUU